ACAUAGAAGUUCAAUAGAAAAAUGAUAGUCUAUCGAAUGAAUCGUUCAUAUGGUACAAUCAUUAAUAAACAGAUUGGGUUAAUUUUAACCAAACUUUUUGAAGUGCUGAAAUGAAUUUAGCGUGAAAUUUUAGUGGAACAAACGAGUCACAUUACAAUACUUGUAACAUAGAAGAUACAAAUUAAACAGUGAUGGAGCCAAAUACAGAAAACAAGGAAAAAGUAUUCAAUCAAGUCAAUGUAUAUAAAGACAUUGGGGAUAAACUUUUAAAACUUCAUAAAUACCGGAGAGCGAUCCCCUACUAUGACAAGGCAGUGGAGGCUACAACCUCCAACAAAGACCAAGCAUUUGGCGGGCUUGGAACAGACAAAGACAAAAAAGAUGAAGAUAGCACAGCACUGAUUGAUACAAUUGUAUCACGCAGCAGAGCUUACUCGCGCAAUAUUGACCACAAGAACGCACGUGACGAUGCCGAUUUUGUUGAUCAAAAGAAACCGAACAAACCAUCUGUUUUGCUAGUCGGUGGUGAAACACGGUUCAACAAGGAUCACUUUGAAGACGGACUUGUCUACUAUCGACAAGGCGAAGCAAUCAGAAGAAAACCUGAUUAUUUCUGUAGAGGAGUGCUUGUUGCAUCAGAAAUCAUAGAAGAUUGUAUUGGACGAAAUGCUGGAGACAUAUUCGACUACAACAAUCUGGGUGAGACUGUACUGCAGCAUUGGAUUCAUCUGAAUAGGAUGGAUGAUGAGCCAAAGCAGCAGUCUGAGCAAGAGCAAACUAAGAGAGGCGAAGGAAACAGUGGAAAGUGUCUCGCUGAGAAAUACCUCUUGGGAGUUGCUCAUGAUAAGAAUUACCUGCAGAGCUGUCUGACAGAUCGUCAGCUGUACGCAGGCGACGUGGAUGCUUUUCUUAAAGUCCAAGACACAAUCACUGAUGCUCUAGAAAAGAUAGAGCGACAGCAGAAAUCCCUCUACCGACAAAAACCAUUGUACACUUACAAGAUGAAGGAGUCUAUGAGAAAAAUAUCUCCUAGUUUGAAAAUGAGGACGGAGAAUGAGCAGAAAAAGUUGCAGCUUGACUCUGCAAAACUAGUUUUCAAACUUCUCAAGAUAACGGACGAUGCACGAAAGAAGUUGGAUGCCAAAAUGUGUUUGAGACAUGCUUACAGGACUCGAGAGUACAUACUUGACCAUCCAAACAGUAUUCUACCUUACAAAAAUGUAUACCUGGAGCAUUUGUUCAAGAUUGUUGGUGAGCUGUUCUUCUCAAUGAAACAGUUUGUGGGACAUUGGAGUGAGAAGGAGAAUACAGUGCGGGUACUCCAUAUGAUUGGACUGAUCAUGCUCAAAAAAAGUGAGGAGGCAAUAAUUAGGUCCACAUUCUCGCCGUACAUAGCGAAUCCACGCAAGCUACUGGACAGUUGCGAGAGAGACCUGUCGCUGUCCUCUUCGCUGGUGGAGCGCGCCUUCCUCUACCACGAGAUGAGUCGCUGCUUCAACCAGAUCGGCAAGCUGGAGCAAGCUCUCACUAUGGCUAGGCGCUGCAUACAGGAGGCUCGUCAGGCCAGGAACACCGUGUGGAUGGUCAACGGCAUGUUCAUGGUGGCAAGGUACGAGUGUGGACUGCGCAACUUCGUCAAUGCGAAAGACACGAUAAAUGAGGUCUACGAAUAUGUGAAAACCAUGAACCGUCCCGAAAUACAGAGCUUCAUUGUCAAGGCAAUCGACUUCUUGGAAGUGGUCGAGGAGAUACCGCAGCUAAAGGCAUCGGCCCUGGAGCGUCGAGAGAAACGCAUGAUGGAGUGCAUGCCAACUGAGGAGCUGAAGAAGAAGAUGUCAAUGGUGUUCUUCCACAUGCACAACGCGCACCCGUCACGUCGCAUGCUAUUGGUCCCCGCUGACCCAGUGCCUGUCUCUCGGCGGAGGGAUUCGGCCACCGAGGGCUUAGCUACCAUGCGGGAGCGCAUGCGCGGACGCAGCAAAAUAUUCAGGCGGCGGCCCAGGAUUAGGCAUGACAAAAAGUAGAUCAAUUAAGAAAAAAAAAUUGUCAGAAUUAAUGAAAAUGUGUUUGUGAUUGAAUUGAAGUCUUUGUUU